GUUUUAUUAGCAGCCCUGGAGUUUCCGGUACUUCAUUCCUUGCCCCGCCUGGACUUAUAUACUGCAUUCCCUCGCGGAGUCUCAUACUUCAGCCCUACAGCUUCAACUCCAACUACAUAUAUUCGACCAGUCUAGUUCGUCAGACGCCUCCAAAUAGUCUUGUCUAGGCUUGGAGGAGUACGAAAAACAAGAAUAAUUACGAACCCAGCUAUCGGUUUGACAGGUUCACUACGUCACGAUUCCAUAGAGCUUCGACCUCGGCUGGUUGGAGCUCUAUAUCCCACAAUCACUUGCAUUUUUACACAUACAGACAUACACAACAUUAUUUUUUGCAAUAUAACACAUCUUCGUCCUAAUGCGGCCUAUAGCUACUCGGGUCGCAUUGGCGGCAACUUUCACUCUGCUUCUCGCAUCGCUUGUAACCGCGCUUCCACACGGUGACGAUGAAUCAAUGGACAUGGGAAUGGAUAUGCAGGCGAGCACCGACGCGCCGCAACCUACGACCACCGCGAUGCAAGCUACCACCGAUGGUCCGAUGAGCUAUUUUGCAUAUAGCAAGCACUCCAGCGCCAUUAUAGCUCACAUUGCCCUCAUGGUUCUGGGAUGGUGCUUCGUUCUUCCUGUUGCUGUUAUGCUGAGCAUCGCGCGCUCAUGGCUCGCGCUUCCAUCACAAUUCCUCUUUCUGGCCUUCAACGCCUUCGGUGUCCUACUCGGCAUUAUCUAUAACAGCCAGACGCCAGACCUCUAUGUGAACAACGCACACCACAAACUCGGCUGGGUCGCGACGUGUGUUAUCAGCGCCCAGGUCGUCCUCGCUUUGCUCUUUGCCUACGCUGGCCGCGGCGAGUCGAAUGCGCCCUCUUAUGAACAUGAUGCGUUCUUGCCUGUCGCGACUGUUGACCAUGAUAGUGAGCAUAUUUGCCUUAAUAGUGCGAUACGCGAGCACCGCUGGUCUCGCGAUAGUGGCCAGGGCACGGAUAGGAACUCGUCUUCUAUCCAUAGCCCUGGAUCGUCGUCUUGUGGGUCGCCUACCGAAUACGAUGGAUUUGAAAAGCCAGACGAACUGCCAACGAAGGAUACCGCUCAACGCGGCUGGAUUCAUCUCACAGCUGUUGGUCGCUUCCUGUCCAAGACUGUCCCUGGUCUGAUUCCCGGCCGGGUUCUCCACGUUUUGAAUGUGGUGUAUAACAUCAUUGAUCGUGUCAUUCUUCCAUUCGGAUUUGCGGCUAUUGCGAGCGGGGCUGUGACUUACGGUGGUAUCAUGAGGGGUAUGGAGAUCUUCAAUGGGCUAGCGCACUUCAUCAAGGGUGGUAUCUUCUUCUGGUAUGGUGUCCUGACACUUGGACGCUAUAUUGGUUGCUGGGCAGAUCUGGGCUGGGCCUGGAACAAGAAGCCCUCUGCGUCUAUUGUUGGUUGGAAAUCCAAGGUUCCCUCGGCUGAAGCUACAGAGUCGUUCGUCAUUUUCCUAUAUGGCGCGACAAAUGUUUUUCUCGAGCACCUCUCCAACGCGGGCAAGCCAUGGUCUGCUACAGAUCUCGAGCACGCUUCAAUUUCCGUGCUGUUCUUCGGCGGCGGUCUGGCUGGUAUGCUUUUCGAAUCUACUUGCAUCCGUGACUGGGUCAACAGCACCGUCCUCCAAGCCCCUGCUCAUGGUACCUCGGAUGAAGCCUGGACGCCACCGAAGUCGCAGGGCGUUUCCUUGAACCCCAUGCCAGCCCUAGUCAUUAUGUUGCUUGGCAUGAUGAUGGGGUCGCACCACCAGACCACCAUGACAUCGACUAUGGUACACAAGCAGUGGGGUAACAUGCUGGUUGGAUUUGCGCUGGCGCGCGGCAUGACAUACGUUCUGUUGUACCUCAAGCCAACGACCUCGUACCUCCCGGCUCGUCCCCCGACAGAGAUCAUCGCUGCAUUCUGCCUGAUCUCGGGAGGUCUGAUUUUCAUGUUGAGUACCCGUAAUGUGAUUCAAGCGAUGGAGUACUACGAACUGGACGCAAUGUUCACCUUCACCGUUGGCCUGGGCUUCAGUGCCUUCAUCAUGGCUUAUGAGGUAUUGGCAAUUGCCAUCAAGGCCUGGGCUAUGAAGCGUACCCAGCGCUCACGGCCAAACUUCCGCUUCGAGUGAAAAUUCCGUGAUAUGUUUCCUUUGAUACCCCCUUUACACUUCUGAGGUUUUUGUUUCAUGCUGGAAUAUACGGAGUCAUUUUGUUUGUGAAUUCUUCAUGCGACAUGAUAUUCCCCGCAGAGAAAGAUACCCCGCGAAGGACAGUCGGACAUGAUAUUUUGUGACGUUGAAUGUGUGAAUGGACUAAUGUGGUAAUAAUGGUUGGUGGGAUUGAUUGGGACUAGAUGUCCUAAUCUCCCAGAUACAUGCAGUACAGGUGUUCCUAUGCAAUGUUGACUGUUGUCUCUUCAAUCAAGUAAGAUUGUACAGUGUUGGAGUAGAUACAUGGAGUUAAGAGCUUAUCCCCGAACCGUCAUCGGGUCGGGUGCGCGUGCCGAGUACCGCAAGGCAAUCAGAUCCCCUCUCAUACAAUUUUCUAAA